CUUCGCGCGAAAUCGCUUUUCGAAUUUACCACGAUUUAUCAGUGAAUAACUGUAAGUAGUAUUGUGUAGGGAUAACGUCGAGUGUACACUAUCAGAAAAUCUGAAGAAUCAUGUACUCCUUUCAUGCUUUUGGAGCGGCGAAAAUGGAGGACUUCCAGAAGAUCGAGAAAAUUGGCGAGGGCACGUACGGCGUUGUUUACAAGGGCCUAAACAAAAAGACAGGACAAAUAGUUGCUAUGAAGAAGAUUCGAUUAGAAUCGGAAGAUGAGGGCAUUCCGUCGACAGCAAUCAGAGAAAUUUCAUUACUGAGAGAGCUACGCCAUCCGAAUAUCGUUUGCCUCGAGGACGUUCUUAUGGAAGAAAAUAGACUUUAUUUGAUUUUCGAAUUUUUAUCAAUGGAUCUCAAAAAGUACAUGGAUUCCCUGCCAUCGGAGAAAGUCAUGGAUCCUGAAUUAGUUCGUAGUUAUUUAUAUCAAAUCACCAAUGCUAUUUUAUUUUGCCACCGACGCCGUGUUUUACAUCGUGAUUUGAAACCACAGAAUUUACUUAUCAAUAAGGAAGGUGUUAUAAAGGUAGCAGAUUUCGGUCUAGGACGUUCAUUCGGUAUUCCAGUUCGCAUGUAUACACAUGAAAUCGUGACACUUUGGUAUCGAGCUCCAGAGGUUCUUUUGGGUACACAACGGUAUUCAUGUCCUGUCGAUAUUUGGUCAAUUGGAUGUAUAUUUGCUGAAAUGGCAACAAGGAAACCACUGUUCCAAGGUGAUUCAGAAAUCGAUCAACUCUUCAGGAUGUUCAGAAUAUUAAGAACACCUACAGAAGAAAUUUGGCCCGGUGUCACAUCGUUACAAGACUAUAAAGCAACCUUCCCUUGUUGGACACAAAACCAGCUGCACAAUCAAGUUGAGAAUUUGAAUGAAGCCGGUUUAGAUCUGCUACAAAAGAUGCUUACUUACGACCCCGUUCACCGCAUCUCAGCGAAACAGGCGCUGGAACACCCGUAUUUUGACGGUUUUGAUAAUAAGCUUAUACCGACGGAGUAGGGGUAAUUUCUUCUGUUUCUUUCGUCUGCGUCGUACAAUGUAAAGGAAUACAUAUAAAUGUUUCAAGUUGUUUAGUCAAACCAAUUUUUAAUCAUAAGAUAUUAAUUAAUGAUUUUUUAUAUGCGAUAAAUUCGAAUAAGUUUCCUUUGCCCCGAUUUUUGCAAUAAAUAUUUUAAUUUUUUCACGGCCAUCGAAAAAAAAA